UCCAAACCCAGAGCAUUCCAACGUUCAAAGAAUCCACAACAUUGUAUUAAGGUUCCUUCAGAAGCAUCAGUAGUAGUUUUGUCAAGUUCUUGACCAUGGUGGCAAAGAAUCUCUUAGUGUUUAUGGUUUUUGCAUUGAGUUGCUUCGGGUUGCUGAGAUUCGCAAAGGCAGUGGUAGCCCAAGAAGAAGUUGAUGCACUCCAACAAAUAGCUACUACCAUGGGCUCAACAUAUUGGAAGUUUAAUGGUAAUUCUUGCCAAAUUCAAAUGGUUGGGAUGACACCAGAUCCACCAAGGAAUUCUGUAAGCAGCAUUGAUUGUGAUUGCAACCUUAAGAACAGCACCGUCUGUCAUGUCGUAAGGAUAGUGCUCAAGGGCUAUAGUCUUCCUGGCAUGCUUCCACCUCAACUGGUGAAGCUUCCUUACCUUCGAGAAAUUGAUUUUGCCCUCAACUAUCUCAAUGGGACAAUACCUCUGGAAUGGGCUUCAAUGCAAUUAACCUCUAUCUCUGUUCUUGUGAAUCGCUUAUCAGGGGAGAUUCCAAAGGAAUUGGGAAAUAUUACCAGUCUCACAUACCUAUGCCUUGAAGCAAACCAAUUCUCUGGCAUUGUUCCUCCUGAGCUUGGAAAUUUGACCAAUUUACAGACUUUGAUGCUAUCCUCCAAUAAUUUGACAGGAAACUUGCCAAUGACUUUUGCCAGGCUGGGAAGUCUAACAGAUUUUAGGAUAAAUGAUAACAACUUCAGAGGAACAAUACCCGAUUUCAUACAGAACUGGAAGCAACUGACAAGAUUAGAAAUGCAUGCAAGUGGACUGGAGGGACCCAUCCCACCAAAUAUAUCACUUCUGAGUAAUUUGCUUCAGUUGGUUUUGAGAAGCUGUAAAAUUUCUGGGGAGAUCCCUUCAUACAUCUGGACAAUGAAGAAUCUGGAAAUGUUGGAUGUCAGUUUCAAUAACUUGGUUGGGGAGAUUCCCACCAGUAUGAACUUAGAGCGCCUGAAGUUCCUCUUUUUAACUGGCAACAUGCUAAGUGGAAAUGUACCGGAUUCAAUCUUGAAGGAAGGAAGUAGUAUUGAUCUUUCUUACAAUAACUUUACAUGGCAAGGUCCUGAGCAACCAGCUUGUCAAGAAAACCUGAAUUUAAACCUUAAUUUGUUUCGAAGCUCUUCAAUGGAGGAUAACUUAAGGCAACGUCCUCAUUGCUUGAAGAAUUUCGAUUGUCCACGAUAUUCGAAUUGUUUGCAUGUUAAUUCUGGUGGAACUGAUCUAAUCUUCAAGGAAGAUAAAGCAGCUGUUAUGUAUGAAGGAGAUGCAGAAGUUAAAGGUGGUGCUGCAGAAUUCUUUAUCAGUGAUGAUAGUUACUGGGGAUUUAGCAGCACUGGAGACUUCAUGGAUGAUGACGAUUACCAAAAUAUACGUUACACAGUAUCUCUCGCAUCAUCAAAUAUCACUGAAUUGUAUGCGACAGCACGUGUAUCUCCUAUAUCGCUUACUUAUUUCCAUUAUUGCUUGGAGAAUGGAAACUACACUGUAAAUCUCCACUUUGCAGAGAUAAUGUUUACAAAUAACGAAACAUAUAGCAGUCUUGGGAAGCGUGUGUUUGAUAUCUAUGUUCAGGAAAGACUAGUGUGGAAGGAUUUCAACAUUGAAGAUUUCACUGGUAUUGCUCAAAAGCCAGUAGUAAAGCGUGUAUCUAAUGUCGGUGUGUCAACAAAUGUGUUAGAGAUCCGAUUCUAUUGGGCUGGUAAAGGGACAACGAGAAUCCCUAAUAGUGGAGUUUAUGGUCCCCUUAUAUCAGCUGUUUCUGUGGUUUCUGAUUUCAAGCUUUGUCCAAACGGUCGAACGACUCGAACCAAGCAAAUUGUUCAUAUCAUUGUUGGAGUUGUAAUUGGAGUAGUAUGCUUACUACUCUUUUUGGUGGGAAUCCUUUGGCGGAAAGGUUAUUUGUGGAGGACAAGAGGGAGAAAAACAGAUGUUCAAGGGCUAGAGUUGCAGACAGGUACUUUUACCUUAAAACAAAUAAAAGCUGCUACUAAUGAUUUUGAUUCUGCCAACAAAGUUGGAGAGGGUGGGUUUGGUCCGGUGUACAAGGGACAAUUACCUGAUGGUACUGUCAUAGCAGUGAAGCAGCUCUCAUCUAAAUCAAAACAAGGAAAUCGUGAAUUUUUAAAUGAGAUAGGCAUGAUUUCUUGUUUGCAACACCCAAAUCUUGUGAAGCUUCAUGGAUGUUGUAUUGAAGGGGAUCAAUUAUUGUUGGUGUACGAGUACAUGGAAAAUAAUAGCCUUGCUCGUGCUCUAUUUGGUCCAGAAAACAAUCAGCUUAAAUUGGAUUGGCCUACCAGGCUUAAAAUCUGUAUUGGGAUAGCAAGAGGUUUAGUUUUCCUCCAUGAAGAAUCAAGACUCAAGAUUGUUCAUAGAGACAUUAAAGCAACUAAUGUGUUGUUGGAUGGAGACUUAAAUCCAAAAAUAUCAGACUUUGGAUUGGCUAAGCUUGAUGAAGAGGAGAAGAGUCACAUUAGCACCCGAGUCGCUGGAACAAUAGGAUAUAUGGCACCAGAAUAUGCAUUAUGGGGUUAUCUGACCUAUAAAGCAGAUGUUUACAGUUUUGGAGUUGUAGCCUUGGAAAUUGUCAGUGGAAAGAACAAUAACGACUAUAUGCCGAGUGACAAUUGCGUUUGUCUUUUAGAUCGGGCUUGUCAUUUGCAACAAACUGGAAACUUGAUGAAGCUAAUUGAUGAGAGGUUGGAGUCUGAGGUGAACCAGAAGGAAGUAGAAAUUAUGGUUAAAGUAGCUCUGUUGUGCACGAAUGCUUCCUCGUCACUUAGGCCUACCAUGUCGGAGGUUGUAAGCAUGCUCGAAGGGCGAAUGACCGUUCCAGAUGCGAUCCCGGAACCAAGCACCUAUAGUGAAGAUUUGAGGUUUAAGGCCAUGAGAGACCUCCAUCGACAAAGGCAAGAGCACAGUUCAAGCGGAAGCCAAAUCCAAAACUCGACUACAGGCCAUACAUUUUACUCUUCCUCUACAUCUGGAUACGACUUCGGUGAAAUCAAACCCGAAUCAAGAUCAUGUUGAGUGGGGGUGAGCAUUAUUCUCAGUAGCUCUCUAGUCAUGGCCGGUAGGUAUUCUUUUAACAGAUAGAUUCUUAUCUUCGUCAAGGAGACUAAACUAAAGUUUCGAUUGUUUAUGUGAAUAUGUAUUAGUGUGAGUGUCCACUAGCUAGUAGAGAUUUUACUUGGGAUGCCUUGAUAUAAUGUCAUGAUUUUGUAAAAAAAAAAACAUUUCUAUAUUUAGAGGAGGAAUAUAUGGAGAUUUUUAUUUAUUUA